AUGACAUGGGUUGAAGCCCUGCCAUUGGUGUUGAUGACAAUAAGGUCAUCCCCAGGCGCUCUCUCCAAUCAGGUCUCCAGGGCCCUGGCGACUGAUCCGGAGGAAGCUGCAGGACCGAAGGUAAAAGUUGGUGACUGGGUAAGAGUCAAGGUUCACAAGAGAAAGUGGCCAGAACCCAGGUGGACUGGACCGUACGAGGUGAAGGAAGUUACUUCACACUCGGCCCAGGUCAAAGCAUCACAAUCGGCUUGCGCGCUGCUCACCCGCAGACUGAACACGAUCGGCGGGGCCCGGGGGCUCACUUUGAUUCAGUUACUGAUUGGAUCGUUGAUUAUGGGAACUCCGAGGACAUCGGUGGCCCUUCUUCUUCAGCUGGCUGCAUGCAUGGCCGCCCCGGUGCCGUGUGAGGACAAGGUGGUCAGUUUGAAAGUGGAGAUCCAGGGUCUGGUGAACGUCAUCAAUGACCAGCACCGCUACAUCCAGGAGCUUCACAACAGCCAGGCCCAGCAGCUGGAGAACAUUCCCAACUUACACCUGGGUCCCGAGAACCUGUACAGAGACUGUUCUGAGGUGUUUGCAGACGGUAACGUGGCCAGUGGGCUCUAUGUGAUCCUCCCUGACGGCUCUCCAUCUGCUCUGAGUGUUUACUGUGACAUGAGCAAUGGAGGAGGAUGGACCGUCUUUCAGAGGAGGAGAGACGGCAAAGAGAUCUUUGACAGAGAAUGGGUGGAGUAUAAACACGGAUUUGGAGACCUCUACUCCCCCGAUGGAGAAUUCUGGCUGGGAAAUGAACCUCUACACUAUCUCACCUCCCAAGGAAACUACGACCUACACAUUGACAUGGAGGACUUUGAGGGAAAUCAACGCUUUGCAGAGUACAAGAACUUCAAAGUGGACAAUGAAAAGGACGAGUACCAGAUACAUUUGGGAGAGUACACUGGGAAUGCAGGGGACGCGCUGGUUGAUGUUCACACUCCCCCCUCUGCUGGGCAGAAAUGGACAGGACCAAGUGGGGUCAAAUUCAGUACCUUUGAUCAGACGAACAGCGAUCAGGAAAAUAGCGACGCCCAGUGUAUCAGACACAGCAAGUCAGGCUGGUGGUUUAGCAGGUGUGAUUCAGGGAAUCUAAACGGCCAUUACUACAAAGGGCCCUCCCAAGCCAUGGCUGAGGACGAGGUGGUGUGGUAUACAUGGCACGGUUGGUGGUACUCCAUCAAAUCUGUAGUCAUGAUGGUGCGAGCUGCUGAACUCAAGCAUCCACUGCCAGUCAUCGCUCCUUUACUUGGGCAACUUGACAGCAUAGGCAGUGAUGUUGACGCUGCUCGUGGCCAAUAGGCUGAAAACAAGUGAGGAAGCUGCGUGGUUUAUCUUUUCACAUUUCUUACAGGUUACAAACUGGGUGAAGACAGUGACAUGCCCACUUAUGACUGCUGUUUGACUUUGACCAUUGUAUUAAUUUCAUAAUUUGAAAUAAAAUAAUGUUGAUUUUAA